CCUGGAAGGCGGGCAGGGGACCUGUUCGCAGGCCCGGCCUCCGGCAUGUGGGGCCCGUCGGCAAGAUGACGGCUCGGCCGCCCCCGGCACUCCCCCACCUGUUGCUGCUGCUCCUGCUGCUGAGCGGGCCGCCUCCUGCCCCCGCCUGCGCCUUCCGCUACAGCCCCGUCAGCUCCAUGUUCCCACUGCACAUCCACAACCUGGCCCAAUACCUGCUCCAGGACUACCCCAUCAGCGUGGUCACCAACCUCCAGACUGAUGAGCUGUGCUGGGAGCUGUGGCACCUGUCGGUGGCAAAGGAACGGCUAAAGCACUUAGAGCGGAUGUCCGGGCCUCGGCUGCGGGACCUGGUCCACAAGGUCCAGGCUGAAGUCGACUUCGUCAGCGACUGUGGCUUCCAGCGCCCCCAGAAGUGCGCCAGAUUCCAGCAGAUCAACAUCUCACAGUUCCUGGGGGACGUGUCCCAGCACCUGACCUCCCUGCGCCCCAAGAUAACCAGCCUCAACUUCUCCAGCUGCCUGGAGCUCCGCUGCGUCCCUGAUUCCUCCACCUCAGCUCCUUCCGCUGGCACCCCGGGCCCCCUGGGCAGCCAGGCUCCCCUAUCCCAGGGCCUCCUCCUGACCCCGCUGUGGCUCUUCCUGCCCGGGCUGGCCAUGGGGGCAUUGUGGGGACUGUGGAAGCUGUGGAGGAUACGGAACUGGGGAGGACAGAGCCAGCCGUGCCAGAGGGCGUCUCAGAUCCCCACAGAUUCUCCCCUCCCGAGGAGACCGUGCUCAUGACCCCCUGCCCACCCUGAGCGGGACUGAGAGUGGAAGCAGAGAGACAAGGACUUCACUGCCACUUGUCUCCCGAGGAAAUCAGAAGGGGGAUCCAGCUGGGUGCGGGGCAGGCCGGAGCAGGCCAAGCUUCACCUCCC